AUGUCACAUAUGUUUAUCAAUCGUCUCGAGAAAUUAAAUUUUCUCAGUAUUACUGGUGGUAUUGAAGAUGGUAAAAUUUAUGAAAAGACAUUGCGUAAUUUGAAAACUUCAAAUAAUCGUUCUUUUCGAACGGAAGUUCCUAAGACGACAGAUGAAGAGAUACUUUUCAUAUGGCUAUAAUAACAUGAAAUUGCGAAUAUUUCUUUGCUUUGUUCUAUUUAACCUUUUUUUUUGGGAAAAGAAGUGUAAAAAUUUUUACAUACAAAUAAAAUGAAACUUUGAAUUUUGUUGUGUUUAUUACAUCAAAUAAAAAGAUCUUUUAUUUCGAUAUUAAGUUAGAAAUAAUCUAUCAAUGGUAGUAAUAUUAGCAAUAAGUUCUUCUAUAAUUUGACAUAUAUAAUAAAUAGAUUUUCAAUGAAAAUCUUACUGAUUAAGAGAGGGCCCAUGAGAAAAUCGACCAAAUAUAUCAGAUAUUAGCAUUUGAAAAAUUUUUUAUUUUGAAAUGAGUUAGACCAUUCGAAAGAGCAUAAAAAGUUAGGCUUAGAACCAAAUUUUAGCUCUUUAUGAAAACCCCAUCAUGAUAUAUGAAGGUAUCUUUGAAACCAUCCUCGGAUCUUAUUUUAAAAAUUUUGGAAAAUUAGAUUAUGUCUUAUGGAUUGUUUUAAAGACUAUCACACUCUACAAGCAUUUUAAUUCAUGUACUUUGUGAUAUUUUUUGCGAAAUAAACGUUAGUUUGAAUUUAUAAAAAUUUUUAUUAUAUAAAAUAAUCCGGUACUCAAAGGGUUAACUUAUGCUCGAUCUAUGGAAUAGAGGAGAACGAGCUAAUAGAAAAAGGCGAUUUUUUUUCUCCGAGGGAGAAUAGAGUGAAUACUAAAAUGAAGCGAAACAGAAUCAACAUGUGUCGUUGACAAUGCUAUUGCAAAGGCACACUUUUUGAGACCUGUAGAGUGUCAGUGUGAAUGUGAAUGUAGAUCACGCUGAGAGUAAUAUCCACUCACGCAUCCAC